UGCUAACGCUUUUCAAUACAGUUGCUGAAAUCAAAAUGGCGAAUCAAAGAAGUUGUUCGCAUUGCAUUGCGUUGUAGUGGUCGGGUUUUGUGUAAAUAUUUGCGUGUUUGUGUGAAUGUCUGAGUGACGGUGUUAUGAAUCGUGUUAUGAAGGUGCUGUGGCCUAGUACACCCAGCGUCAAUUUAUAUGCUGUAUGAUGCAAUGGGCUCAUUAAGAUGGGACAUAGUGGACUUAUCUGGAAGGCUUUGUCAAGAACGUCUAUAUGUGGCUGCAGAACAACAUCACCUGCAGGCAUUGAAUGAAGAUGUUACAUGUGAAACAUCCAGUUUGGCCCAGCUGGCCUGGGUGACAGCGCAGCAGAGAUAUAACCUGAACAGGCUUAUUGUGUCACGACCAGACUGUACUCCUGCAGUUUGCUGUCAAAAGGCAAACACAUUUGAACAUACAUCAUUUAUAGAUGGUUACAAAGCUCUAGGGUUUCAGGGAUGUCUGGCUUAUGGACAGUUUCUGCAGAGAAUUCGCAACUCUCCACAACUUCUAGCAGGAUGUCUUGUGGUUGGCGACAAAUUGCUUCCUCCAGAUACCAUGGCUGGUGUCGUCCACUCUGUGGCAACUGGUCUUUUGGGUAGCUGCAUAUUACCUGAAGAUACUCACCUAGCUUUGACACUUCUUCGUCAUCUAACAGAGCUGCAGCUGGUACCUUCAGACAAUCCUCGAAGGCUUCUAAGACAGAAAUCGUCCUCAUUUGCGCGCCUUUAUGGAGAAUUUCAUGAAGGUCUCUUCUCGGCAAAGUUAUUUUUAACAGCUGCACUACAUCAACCAAUAAUGCAGCUGCUGAUGGAGGAUGGAAUGUAUUUGGAUAUAGAUCCUGAUAAAGCAACAAUAAGAUUUCCUCCAGAGGAAAGGCUAAAGAAAUUUGGUGUUGAAGGGACAACUGAGUACAAUACCAGACUUAGUGAGUACCGUAACUGGACAAAUAAACGACUAUUUGCUGCCACAAAUAGAUUUGUGAAGAGUAUAUCAAAAAAUAUGCAUUGUUUUCCCUUUGGAAUUUUGUGGCUAGUUCGCCAAAUUGCGGCAUUACUUUCAAAAUGUGGGAAUAUUGAACCAAAGGAGGUUUACGCAAUAUGUACAGAUCUUGUAUUCACAUACUUCAUAUGUCCUGCAAUUGUCCAUCCAGAACCGUAUGGUAUCACAGAUGCUCCAAUAAGCUACAUAGCAAGAUUUAAUUUGAUGCAAGUAGGCCAGAUUGUGCAGACUCUGGCAAUGAUGAAAUAUGAAGAUGUUAGUAGCAAAGUUGCAGAUCUCUACAGUCUUUUUGAGAAAGAUUGUGUGUCAUCUUUGCUGGACAUAAUUUUAGAGGGCAGUGCCAACAGUGUAGAUGAUGGGCAAGGGAUAGAUCAAAAUACCAGCUUCAAUGGACUCUCUCGCCAUGCAGCACUCUUCAUGGAAAACGAAUUGCAAACAAUGGUUACAUUUUUACAAACAGUGUUGUUGGAAUUACCAGAAGAUGCAGCAGCUAUUGUCGACAAAGAACAGCUACAAGAACUCUUGAGGCAGCUCCCAUCUAAUACUACUGCAAACAUUGGCAAUGUCUCAGUACCACCUGUUGCUGCGAAGGUCAACCAGCAUCGCACACCACCAGAAACACCUAGCAAAAGAUCAGCCUUACUGAGUAAAGUAUCAAGAUCAAGAAAUCCAUCAUCUGGGGCCAUUGGAAGAAAUGGGAACGAAGAUGGUUCAGUAGAAGAUGGAGAUGAUUGUGGUCCAGAUGUUCUUGUUAUUCCAUUCUCCCCAGAAGUUGGUGAAAAUAUCGGACUUGCAUCAGAACAGAAGGUGCUGUGCCUUGAGGAUCAGCAACAUUGCACGGAAACUGGUGCGCAUGGAAAUAUCACAGAUGCUGGAGGUCCUAUAGGAAACAUUGUAGAUAGAGUGGAAAGUCAAGAGAAGCGCACCCGUUUCUCCUUGCUACAUGAUGAAGGCUCAAUUGGUAACACAAGUGAUAAUCUUGAAGCCGUGUCAGAAGCUGCUUCCAAUCAUAGUGUUGCUUCAUCACUGGAGUUGGAAAACGAAGAUCAGAAUGAUAACUUAUCAGAUAUGGUAUCUGCAAAUGUGUCUGGUCGAGGAACACCUAAUAUAUCAGGUAGAGAUACACCAUCCUCACAAAUUACAGAAGGUGAAGAUGGUGCCGCAGGUGCAAUGAGGAGCGUCAGUGGGGAGCAACGACAGUCUUUAGAUUUUUCUGCAGAAGCUGCAAGCAAACAAAGUCGCACAGAUAUAGAUGACAAAUUUGGAAAGUUUGAAAUCAAAAAACUUCUUGAAGGUGAUGAAACUGUGUCAAUGGUCAGUGACACUUGGAGUACAGAUGUUCUUGCAAGUGAUAGUGAAACCAUAGAGCAAUCAUCAGAACGUAACUUUCCUACAAGUGCCCAAGAAACAGCAUUAAAUCAAUUGGCAGAAGCUGCAGUGCUUUUAGAUAUCUCUGAAACAGCAUCAGAAGCAUGGAGCACAGAUGUAAUGGCAUCAGACUCUGAACGCAUGACAGAAGUUGAUACUGACGACACAGCAAGUGUAGCACGAUCAGAUGACACUGCUCGCUCGGAAGUUGACUUGGAUGCUCGUGGUGAAACAGAUGUAGGAGAGGAAACACCACCAUCUAGUGCACGUGUUUUGAACUCUGCCUUCCGACCAGUAAGAGAGGAAGCCAGUGGGCGUAUAGCAGGUUUGUCUGUCCCAGUCUCACCUACAAGGACAGACACACUUGUUCACCCGAGUUGGAAUGUAACUGGUAGAGGUGGAGGAAAAGCUGACUACAGGCGUCGCACAAUGGAAUAUGUUGACAAUAAUGCAAAUAAUAUACUCCUUCGGAGAAAUCCAGCAGGUGUUCCAGUCACCUCUGGAGAAACAUGCUUGAUACAUGUAAUAGACAAGAUAGAUAAACCAGUAGAUGGAAAGAACUUGGUGUCGCCAGGUACACAGAAUAUUGUCAACAUUCCAAGCCCUGUAGUUAUGGCAUCACCGCCCUUGAACCAGAAUGGUCCAGUUCCUGUAGUUCAGUAUAAUGGAGUAUGUGCGGCAUCACCGGCAAUAGAUGACAAUUUUGCUCAGACUGCAGCAGCACAAACUGCCAUCCAUGAACAAGCAUCAACUCAACUUGCUGGGAACACACCUGCAGAUCUUGAAUUAAAACAAGAGUUACUACCUGAGGAUGAGGGUGACCAGGAUAGUGUGGGUGAAGCGAUGUUAAACCUUGUGCGACUUAGUUCAGCUAGUUUGGCAUCUUCAAGCAGCAGUGCCAGCAGCUCCGAUCACCGCCCCAAAACGGUUACUCCAACACCAGAUUUGCUACUGGCCCCUAGUGCACUAAUGAUCAACAGUCAAGCUACUGUGACUGACGGAGCCUCUGUACCUCCUCCUCCCAGUAAACCUAUCUCACAUCCAACGACUUCUACAGGUGCCAUUCCCAAAAGCAUUAGUUUUGAUAAAACAGCUGAACGUGGUGACAAGGAUGCACUAGAUGAAGACUCAAAACACAAGAGAGGAUUCUUCCGAAACUUCAAGCUACCUUUCAAAAGCAGACGUGUCAAAUCUCUCAGGGGAACAGAUGACCUAGGAACUCGCUAUGAAUCGAGUCUGAAUGCCACUGAAACUGAUGGUUCAUCACAUCGACUGCGAAGAGGACUUUCUGAAGAAGCUCGGCCACUACACUCUGAUGCUACAGAAGAUAUCCUAGCAAAGUAUCGCCGUAAGCCAAAUGUCGCUGGGAAUGCAGCUUCAGCUGAGCAGAUUACUGAUUCAACUGUUCCUUUAAAGCACAAGGAAUCCUCAGAUGAACGUCUCAACAUAGAUCCAAACAACAUUGAAGCUUCUUAUGCAUUUACUGAUGCAAAAAGGAAACUGAGGAUAGUACUCAGUACAGCUGAUGUCCAGCAUGUAUCUUGGUCACCAGAAAAACUGACAGCUCUUAGGCAGUCAUCAAUUCAGAAAGAAAAUGAACUUGUAUCAUUCCUGCAAUUACAGUUGGCUGAAGCUAUAAAUCUGCAGGAUCGUUCUCGUAUUUCUCACCUUCAUGAAACAUUAAGAUGUAUUAAACUUUUUGAUGAAGAAGGGUGUCGCAGAUUGUUUAGAUCUCUUCGGGAAGAUUACCGCAAGCGUUCACCGUAUAUUGCAUACCUAAUAAAAUGUCGGCAGAGUCUACUGUCAACACUGACACAUGUUCGGAGGCUGAGGGGCCGCAUCCAGUGUGAUAAAGAAGUUUGCAGCAGGUUCCUUGUAUCUGUUAUUGUUCAGAUGUUCCUGGAAAGACGUGAACAACUUUUGCUCAGAUUUCAGAAUGAGUUUCAACAGUUGACACUAGCUGAUGAAAAGACUGACUUGCUUGAUAAUUUUUUGCAAGCCCUGUUCAUUGAAAUGGAACAAGACCCAAUGUGGCAAGCUGCUAGUAGUGCUCAAAUAAGUCAAGCUCAUACCGCCAUUGAGAGGGCAGUGAUAAGUCGCGUGUACCUCCAAGCAAUAUACCCAAAUGGUGAUGGCGACAUCUCAAGAGAUCAAGUUCUCCAUGAACACAUGAAAAAAUUAUCCAUUGUAAUCACCCCUGACCACAAGGAUUUAAGAGUGCCUAAGAUGUUCCAUUACGAAUGUCCGUGGCCAUCAGCUCAAGCUGAAAUUGCAGGAAUAUCUGCAUACAAGACACCGAGAGACAAAUUGUUGUGUGUCUUUCGUUGUGCAACAACAAUAAUGAAUUUAUUGGCACUGGCAAGUGAUAAUGGUGUUCCCUCUGCAGAUGACUUCAUCCCUGUCCUUGUGUAUGUCUUAAUAAAGGCAAAUCCACCAUCACUUCUGUCAACUAUACAGUAUGUUGACAGUUUUUAUGGAAAUAGACUUGAAGGCGAAGAGCAGUACUGGUGGAUACAAUUUUGCUCUGCAAUUGAAUUCAUAAAAACAAUGGAUUAUAAUGUCUAAAUUUUUAAGCAUGAUAUU